AUGGAUAGGCAAAAGUUCAGAAUUAACCUCAAGCUGGGGCAGACAGAAGACUCCUAUUUGAACAGCUCGUCUUCAUCGUCUUUGAAGGAGUCAACCAUAUCACGUUCUCGUUCCCGACUGCCCCAUAAGGAAAGAAUAUCACAGUCAUCCUCACCUCGCAAAGAAAGAACAGGUUUCAUAACUUCUGAUUCUGGCUUGAACUCAUUGUCUACACCUUUAACUCCCAAUAAUAAAGCAUACCGUGAACGAUCUCCCGAGCGUUCAGCUGAGAAACUUCACAAAUCAAGUUUAUAUCAUAAAGAUAUCACUCUGGCGCAAGAUCUACCUUUGCUGAAUACUUCGGCCAACAACAUCAUUAAGAACCCUGAGUUCCAAGAUGAACAGAACAGUAGAGGAAGGUCCAGGUCUCGAGAUGGGUCACAAAUAGGAUCUAAUGUCAUUAACGUAAACGACAACAAGAUAGUAGAAGAAGGAGAAGAUGAAGAUGAAGAUGACAAUAGCAUGAUUAGCCUUAUGGGAUUCAGCGGAUUUGGUUCCACCAAGGGAAAACAUGUCAAGGCAGCAAAGGGUGGAGCCAUCAAACAAGAGAAAAAGACAGAAUACAGGCAAUAUAUGAACAGGUCAAAGGGGUUCAACCGGCCGUUGUCCCCAGGAAGGUAA